AUGACCCCGCUUGCACUAAACAACCUACCAGUUGAGAUCUUGACUCAAAUACUGGCGUUAGUCGAUCCAUUGACGCUCCAGUCUUUUCCACUUGUCUGUAAAACCUGGUAUAGGAUUCUUCAAGAUGAUCAAGUUUGGCGUGAGAUAUUCAAACUUCAAUAUCCUUAUUCACUAUUUUCUAGUGUCUCCAAGGGUUCAACUUACAGAAGUGAGUUAGCGCAUCGUUCCCAGCUAAGACACAAUUUUAGACGUGGAAAACUGCUGACUCAACAGUACACUAUCAAUCACAUCAUCACAGGUCAUGUUGAUAUUGCAUGGUCUUCCAAUAUUUUGACAGUGAUUGAUGUACCACGUGAUAUGGCGUAUACUUGCGAUAUUCGUACAGGUAAGUCAAGCAAAUUUGAAGUUGGGUUUGUUCCUGAAGGUGCCACAUGUUUUGAUAUUGGAAGAAAAAUGGUAGUUUUUGGGAAAUGGAACGGUUCAUUAUCGUGUAUGAUGAUUAAUCAUAAAGGGUUACUUGUAGCAUCCCCCAAAAUAUGUACAGGAGAAGGAAAUGAAAGAGUUGGCAGAAUAUCAUGUGUUUGCGUGGUGGAAACAGCAGCCAUAGGUCAAAAUUCUAAAUUAAAUCUAAAAAAUGUUUGGAGUAAUUCUCAGAUCGAUUUGAAAAGGUCCACCGUGAUUUUUGCCAAAGGAGGAAUAACGGCCUUUUCUGGUGAUGAGAAUGGGAAAGUUUAUGGUUGGGAUACUAAGAAUGGAAAGUUGGUUGGUUCAUAUACUAUCAGAGAUGGAGUUAAGGUCUCAAAAAUAAAAAGUGAUGGGAAGUCCGUAGUUAUUUGUGUUUUAGAAAACUUUGAAAUUUAUUCUUUAAGCAAUGCAUUUGAUAAAUUGAAUAAUCCAGUUGAAGUAGAGAAGGUGGGGACUAUAUUAGGUGAUACUGAUGUAAAUAUAAAUAACAUAUUUGUUGACUAUGGCACUGAAACGGUCACAGUUUGGGAUGAUUUGCAUUUAGUGAUUUAUUCGUAUGGUAGUAAGAGGAUUGUUCACUCGUUAACAUAUGAUGCGCCACUUGGUUCAACAAUUACACAUGUGGCAUUUGAGUCAGGAGAUAAACAGUACAUAAAGCAAGAUCAUGAUAUUAUCGGGGGUGAUCCAUUACUUGCCGCAAUUGCCUUAUCUACUGGUUAUUUAGAAAUUAUAAACAUUCGAGAACCUCACUCAAACACUAUCUUAAGACCAAUUCACAACCAUAGAAUUAUACCGACCUUUAUUGAGGAGCAUGAUUCGGUUUUAGAUAUUUUAAAUUCGAGAAGAUCCCCAAUUUCGUCGAUUGCUUUGAAUUCAGUAGUUGUUGGUAUUGCGAGUCAUUUGGGAACAGUUGAAAUUUUUGACAUAAUGACAGGUGAAUAUUUAAGGACAGUUAUAGAUAGAAUAGGCAAAAAGAAAGUCCAAGAAUUACAACAAAUCUUAUCCACUGAGGAAAUCAACAAUUUAAUCAAAAUAUCACUUGAUGACACGUUGACCCGAGGGGCUCUCAUAAUUGGUCCGCAUAUCCAAUAUUUUUUAUGUGGUCAAGAUAAGCAUGAAAAUGAUACCCGGAAAUUCAAAGCAUCGAAAAGAUUGAAUGAUCGAAAGGGGGAUACUUUAAAAGAUAUAGAAUUCUCGUUGGAUAAUUACCGAGCAGAUGUGUUGCAAAAUGCGAGAGAGAAGAAAUUGAGAGCAAAGUAUAAUGGGGAGGUUGACAGUGAGGAAGAGGUUGAUAUUGCAUUAGGCUUAAGCCUGUCUCUGAAUUAUGAUGAAGACGAAGAGCUGCGGAAAGCUUUAGAACUCUCUCAACUGGCGGAACCUCUCUUGGUUACAGACGAUGAACAGUUAAUGAAUAAUGCGGGAAGAUUAUCCCAAAAUACCUAUUCGACUGACCCGACAGAGCUGGCUCUGGACUCUGAUGAAGAAUUAAGGCUUGCUAUUGAAUUAUCAAUGAGGGAAAGUUAUAAAAACUAUGCAAAUGCUGACGAGGAACAAUGGCAGCCAUUAUAG